AUGACUGAUGGAGGUACAGAGAGUGAGAGAAGGGUGCUGGAUGCAGAGAAUGAGAUCGCGCUGCUGACGGAGGAGAUGCAGCAACGGGAGGAGGAGUUUGAGAAGGAGCUGGAGAAACAGAGGCAGGAGGCGGAGCUGAUCAGGGAGAAGCAGGAAGCCCGCAUCCAAGUGAUAGCAGAUGACCUUGACCUGGCUCAGCAGGCUGCGGACCACCUGCAGGGCCUGCUGGAGACGCGGGAGGGACAGAUGCAGGACGACAUACAGGAGGCUGACAUGUCCAACCAGAUGAUGGCUGCCCAGGAGGAGGAGUUGACCCGUCUGUAUGACAUCCUGGAUGCUCAGAAGGAGGAAAUGGAGAACCUGAACCAGAUGCUGGACUACCUGGCCCAGCAGGGACCCGAGGGAGUUGGCCCUGGGUUUGACGAUGAGUUGUGGCGUAUCAGACAAGAGGUGAACAACUUGAAGGAGACACUUGCCAUGCAGUCAGCCUAUGUCCAGACCAUGCCUCCUGACCAUGCCGGGGCAUCGGGGGUGGCCGCGGCGGCACAGGCAGGAGUCGGCGUUGGGGUUGGUGCUGCACCCCCCUACAGACAACCACCUGUGGUGCCACAGCCAACGAUGUUUGCCCAGCAGAAUGCACCCCCUGGGUCAGUUCAGGUUGGGUCAGCCCCACCCUCCAUCCGCCCCACCCAGCAUCCCACACGACCUGCAUCUAGUCCACCCCAGGCCCCAGCACCCAACUCCUCACCCCCGGGACGGACCUCCGCCCCCCUGCUGCACUCCUCACCGGGCCACGCCCCCCUUCUCCACAGCUCCCCAGGACACAGUCAGGCAGCUUCAGGAAACGGCAGCGUCCCCCCACCCAGCGCUAUGUCUGUGCCCAUCAUGGGAGGCAAUCUGGGUGCUCACCUCAGCUCACCUCCUCGGAUUCACAUGCUGGAACACCUCGGCACCGAGAGACGUGAGUCAAAGGCGCCUCCUGGCAGUGGGCGACCAACAGAGUCAACUCCAGUCAGACAGUCAGCGCGCCACCUGGGGCAGAAGGCUACCCCCCAGCUGACCCCAACGUGUACGCGUUGGGGACACCAGCGCAGCCUGUGGGUGGAGAGGGAGGAGUGGCGCCCUGGGGAGUGCCAACUUCGCCAGGUAUUGUCGGGCCACCACCCGGCCAUGUAG